AUGGCGGGCGUCGCUACGGCAUAUUCUGCAGAUGCCUUAGCAUCGCCUGUGGAUGGCUCGCCAUGGGAUUUUGCGGUGCCACUUGUGGACGAGGAAAGUUACCACUCAUCGAAACGACGCAACUCGCAUGACUCGAACUCCACCCGCGCAAAGUUUUCUCGGCAGCGUGCCUCGAACGGCUCACGCAGCUCCUCGGUCUCGCGCAAUGCCUACGCACAUGAACCGCCCUACUUAGCCUCAACCCGAGGACGGAAGGAACCCAGUCUCAACCGACGUGGGAGUGAAGCAAGCCGUGUGCGAGAUGCUUUGGGUCUCGAGGGAGCUGGUCGCAAAGAGUCCGAGGAAGGUGAUGAUGGCCCCAAAUUACACCUGGAUGGACAGACGAAUCAGGAACAAUGGAUUCACCGAGACAAGCUGGCGAAGAUUGAGAGUGAGGAGCUCCACCAGGCAACCAUUCUCUUCCAGCGACGAAUGAGAGGAGAAAGCAAAUCGAGCGUGGGACGUGGGAGGAGCCAUGAUAUGCAGCAGACUGCUAAUGGGACUGGUACUCCGACCUCACCCACGACAGAAUACUCCGAACCCUGGCCGAAAGUGAAAGAAGAACCCGGCAAGCGGGAUGUAACUGGUAACGUAGAUGGCAAUGUGCGGGAGCAUUGGGAUCUCCGCCGACCAGAGGAGAUUGCCGCAGAUGACGCAGCCGCCAGCAUCUACAGCCAGCCAAGCCUUGGAAAAAGCGCCUCCCGAAUACCCAUCUCUACAGUCAGUCCGGUUCCCAUCUCUGGCGCAAUGGGCCGCGAUUCUCGCAGUUCACAGAACCGUGCCGCAACAGAUGAAGAUGAACGGCCGUCACACGGCCGCAGAGCCAGUGGGCAUAUCGACAUUGAGAAAUAUCGUUCGACUCCUUCUCCAGAAAGCCGACCAGACAGCUGUGGAUUAGGCAGUGCACAGAGCCCCCCGGGCAAGAAGACAGUCAAGAGCACAGGCGCUACCAACCGAAAGACCCCUGCUCCAUCCACGAACAGGAAGGCGAGCGCUCCUCGAUCUCGUGCUGUCUCCGGGAACAACAUGCAGCGCCCUACCACCCGGCCAGGUGAAAAUCGUUCUCCAGUAGCUGUUAACCGGCCUGAAGGAGAUCCGCCGUGGUUGGCAACCAUGUACAAGCCCGAUCCUCGCCUUCCACCAGACCAACAGAUGAUUCCGACCGUCGCCAAAAAGAUCAUGCAGGAACAGUGGGAGAAGGAAGGCCGGACACCGAAUACGUACGACCGCAACUUCGCGCCCCUCGCAGUGCACCCAUUCGACGCGCCAGCUCCCGUAGCCACAAAGGUCGAGCCAGAACAGCAACCGGUUGAGACUCUAGAGCUGGAAGAGUUGCCCCCUCAGUCGUCCAAGAGCCCAGAACCACCCCGUCCAAACACGAGUACCGGCUACAGCACCAUGCCCAAGGUGCAGGACACCCCCCCAAUGGGGCUGCCACCAAACCCCAACCCUAACUGGAGCCCUCCAGUUGUCACUGCGCAGCAGCCACCGAAGAAAGAGAAGAGUGGAUGCUGCAUUGUGAUGUGA